GUAACGCGAAAAGUACAUAAAGAGUAAAACGAACUAAAAACAAUCAGACGCAAAACGCAAAAAAUAUUGUUCUGACAUUUAUUAGCAAAUCCUUACAGAUUAAAAAAAAUAAUAAGAAGAAAUGGGAAAGAAGAACAAAUAUAAGAAGGACGAUAAAGAGGCUGCAGCACCAGCUCCUCAACAACGGCAGCAACAACAAACUGCAGCCCCCGCACCGUCAACAAGUGCUGCGGCUAGAGAGAAUACGUCCAGGUUGCAGGCAGGCGACGAUGGCGUACCUGCGACUCAGCGUCCGCAACAGCACCCUGAAAGCCAAAACCCACAAGGAGAAUGGCGGCGUCCACAGGGUGGACAACAACGUGGUCCACAACAGCAACAACAACAAUACAGACCACAACAGCAAGGAGGACAGCAACGCCAACUAGGUUGGAAGCAGGGUGAACAACCAAGGAAUCAACAGGAAGAAUCAAGCGGCCAGCAAGGCGGUUAUCAACAACGUGGCCCAUCUUCUGGUCCACAAGGCGGUGCACAGGGCGGCGGUCAGCAGGGCGGUUACCAACAACGUGGCCCAUCUUCUGGUCCACAAGGCGGUGCACAGGGCGGCGGUCAGCAGGGCGGCGGUCAGCAAGGCGGUUAUCAACAACGUGGCCCAUCGUCUGGUCCACAAGGCGGUGCACAGGGUGGCGGUCAGCAAGGCGGUUAUCAACAGCGUGGCCUAUCGUCUGGUCCACAAGGCGGUACACAGGACGGCGGUCAGCAGGGCGGUUACCAACAACGUGGCCCAUCUUCUGGUCCACAAGGCGGUGCACAGGGCGGCGGUCAGCAGGGCGGUUAUCAACAGCGUGGCCCAUCGUCUGGUCCACAAGGCGGUGCACAGGGUGGCGGUCAGCAGGGCGGUUACCAACAACGUGGCCCAUCUUCUGGUCCACAAGGCGGUGCACAGGGCGGCGGUCAGCAGGGCGGCGGUCAACAGGGCGGUUAUCAACAGCGUGGCCCAUCGUCUGGUCCACAAGGCGGUGCACAGGGUGGCGGUCAGCAAGGCGGGUAUCAACAACGUGGCCCACCAGGGCAACAGCAGGGUGGCUAUCAGCAGCGCGGCCCACAAGGGCCUCAGCAGGGUGGCUAUCAGCAGCGUGGUCCACCCCCAGCUCAACAGGGUGGCUAUCAGCAGCGCGGUCCACCACAAGGUCAACAGGGUGGUUAUCAGCAGCGCGGUCCACCACAAGGUCAGCGAACGCAAGGCGGUGCCUUGGCCCCGCUAUUGCCCCAAACAGGAAACAUUAAGCGGGGCACCAUUGGAAAUGCUGGUAGAGUGGGUGUCAAUUACUUGGAUGUGGACAUAAGUAAAAUGCCCGACAUUGCAUAUCAUUAUGAUGUGACCAUUGUACCGGAACGCCCGAAAAAAUUUUACCGCAAAGCCUUCGAAGUGUUUCGCGCAAAGCAUUUAGAUAACGGUAUUGCUGCCUUCGAUGGACGCAAAUCCUGUUAUUCUGUCGACAAGCUACCCAAUGUCACUGGCCAAGUGGAGGUCAUUGAUCCUCAUGGUCGCACGGUCCGUUACACUUUGACUAUCAAAGAUACGGAUAACUCUCUGGUGGAGCUCAGCUCACUGCGCAGUUAUAUGAACGACAAGAUCUAUGACAAGCCAAUGCGGGCGCUGCAGUGUCUAGAGGUAGUAUUCGCAGUACCCUGUCAUACACGAUCCAUACGAGCCGGUCGCUCCUAUUUCAAAACCUCUGACAACGGCGAACGUCGCGAUCUGGGAGACGGCUAUGAGGCAUUGGUUGGUCUUUACCAGAGCUUUGUGUUGGGCGAUAGACCAUUUGUAAAUGUCGAUGUAUCGCAUAAGUCGUUCCCAAUUGCAAUGUCAAUGAUUGAGUAUUUGGAGCGCUAUGGGCUGCAGUCGGCGAUAACCCCAGCUACUACGCUUAACAAUACGUUGCGCUUAAUACCCUUCAUAAAGGGCAUCAAUGUCGUGUACGAACCGCCGAAAUGCUUUGGGAGCGCACCUCGCGUAUAUAAGGUGAACGGCUUGUCAGAAAAACCGGCGAACGAGCAGAAAUUUGAAUUAGAAGGUGAAGUUAAGACCGUAGAUCAAUACUUCCGUUCCCGGAAUUAUACUUUGCGGUUUCCCAAGCUGCAGUGCCUUCACGUUGGGCCACCAUCAAAGUACAUUUACUUGCCCAUGGAGCUGUGCCGCAUUGAGGAGGGCCAAGCUCUAAAUCGCAAGGAUGGCACAAAUCAAGUAUCGGAAAUGAUCAAAUUUGCGGCCACAUCGACUAAUGAACGCAAGGCUAAGAUAUUGGAUUUAUUGAGAUACUUUAAACACAAUAGUGAUCCCGUUAUUAGCCGAUUUGGUAUACACGUUGCUGGCGAUUUCAUCACGGUAAGCACACGGCAACUGCCUGCGCCGCAACUGGAGUACCAUAAAAAAAACUUUGCAAGACCAUUCAACGGAUCGUGGCGCAUGGAUAACUUACAAUUUUUGGUCGUUAAGCCAAAAACCCACAGAUGGGCCAUACUCCAUUUCGAGGGCGCACGCAUGCAUUACAACAAGGUUGCCGAAUUACAGGAUUUGGUGAUACAACAAGCCAGGUAUGUCAACGUAUGCCUGGAGCCCAAGGCUGACAUACGCACUUUUGGGGACGCUCGAAAUUUAGAUGUACAUUUUAAGGAUCUUAAAGAUCAGCAAUACGAUCUGGUGUUUGUCAUCUUAGCAUCGCGUGGUCCCUCCUAUGACAUUAUUAAACAGAAAGCCGAACUCCAGUAUGGCAUAUUGACGCAGUGCAUCAAGCAAAACAAUGUGGAACGUCGCCUGAACGGGCAAUUAGUUGGCAACAUUUUAUUAAAGGUCAAUUCCAAGCUGAACGGUGUCAAUCAUAAGCUCAAGGAUGAUCCACGCACUAUGCUAGCGAACGUCAUGUAUUUGGGUGCUGAUGUGACACAUCCUUCACCCGAUCAACGUGAUAUACCCAGUGUAGUGGGCGUGGCUGCAUCGCACGACAUGCAUGGCGGUUCAUACAACAUGCAAUAUAGAUUGCAAUGCGGCGGCGGUGGUGGCGCCCGAGAAGAAAUCGAAGACAUGGAAUCCAUUGUAACCGAACAUUUGCGUGUCUAUCAGCAGUAUCAGAAGCGUUAUCCGGAUCACAUUAUAUAUUAUCGGGAUGGUGUUAGCGAUGGCCAGUUUUUGAAAAUUCAGAACAUCGAGUUAAAGGGUAUCUAUGUGGCCUGUACCAAGCUGGGCAUCAAGCCAAAAAUGUGCUGUAUUAUUGUAGUGAAACGCCAUCACACACGCUUCUUUCCAGAGGGAAUGCCGUCGAAUCCAAGAAAUAAUAAAUUUAACAAUGUUGAGCCGGGCACAGUGGUCGAUCGCACCAUUGUGCAUCCGAACGAGAUGCAAUUCUUUAUGGUUAGCCAUCAAUCUAUACAGGGCACCGCUAAGCCCACACGCUACAAUGUUAUUGAAAACACUGGCAAAUUGGAUAUUGAUUUAUUGCAACAAUUGACUUACAAUUUAUGCCACAUGUUUCCACGCUGCAAUCGUUCCGUAUCGUAUCCAGCUCCAGCCUAUUUGGCUCACUUGGCUGCGGCACGUGGACGUGUUUAUAUUACUGGAGCUCGUCUGUCCCGUUCGCCGAAAGAGGAGUAUCAGCGCCGGCUGAUUGUGCCGGCCUUUUUGAGAAGUAAUCCCAUGUAUUUCGUUUAGAAAUUUACUAUCACUAACUUCUCCUUUAUAAUACCAUUAAUUCAACUAAACGAAACACGCAUCGUCAUUAUUAUUAUA